GUGCAAACGUUUCUCAGUGAAAGAAGGAUUUUUGAUGUGGUGUGAGCGACUUGUUCUGUUCUCUGUGGAAAAGGGUAAUUUAUCACCAUUACGAAGUUUCAGGAUCCACUAAGGAUGGGUCCCACCGUCCUUAGCUCAUCCCAGGAAUCAGCUCUUUAUGACGAGGGGGUUUUCAAGGAAAUUCAAAAGCACGUUGACAUUGACAAUUUGCCAAAUCUCGAGGAGGACGAACUUGUGGAAAGAAAGUAUGACUUGACGAGACAAGGGUCGAUUGUCAAUAAUUUCCAAAUGUCUACAAUGGGUAACAUUCCGUAUCACUUGUCAACGCAGAUGAAUAUGAACAUUCCAAUCAAGGAAGAAUUCCCGGGGGAAUUCAAUUUUGAUUUAUUGCUAAAUAGUCAAGGAGCUGGAAAAAAUUGUGUGUUCUCCCAGGAACUGCGGAAAGUGUUCAUUAACAUGGAACAAACUUUACCCUUGAAAUUUAAAUGGGAUCCUCCAGUAGACGGUCUCUGGUUGAGGACAACCAUGGUAUUUUCCAUGGAUCAGUACCGGACUGAUCCAGUGGUGCGUUGCCACAAUCAUAUGGCAACAAAUAGUGUAUCAAAUCAGAAUAUAGCAGAGCAUGUGUUGCGUCAUGUGGUACGUUGCACCCACCUCGACAGCAUCUAUGAGGAAAUUAGUGGACAUAUGUCUGUCUCAGUUCCACUGGGUACACCUCAACCAGGUUGUCGUUACGUACCUCUGGGAUUUCAGUUUUUUUGCAAAAACAGUUGCUCAUCUGGGAUGAAUCGUCGUCCAACUGAGCUAGUAUUCACGUUGGAGAACCACCAACGACAGGUUUUGGGGCGCAGAAUUUUACCCGUGAGGGUUUGCAGUUGUCCAAAACGAGAUAAAGAUAAAGAGGAGCAGGAAAGUGGAGAUUCAAUCGCUCCCAUGCCUGGCAAGAAACGAAAGUUUCCCUUGGGAUCUCAACAAGUAGUGCAUGCCCAUUGUCCCCCUGGAAAAAAGCCUAUGCUUUCUCAAGUAUCUGCAUCAAACUAUGAUGGACGUGAGUACAAUCUAUCCAUCAGAAUUCCAGGGAGAGAAAAUGCCCAGGCCAUCCUGAAUUAUGCAUUUGAUCGGCUUGCUGGAGAUGCAGUGAAGAGUGGGGCAUAUCAACAGCUUGCACCCUACAUGGAAGUCCUUUUGAAGAAAAUUAAUCAAUUGAAGUAGGCCUCGUUAUUUACUAUUCGAUCAUUAUCCAUUAUUCUUUUAUGAUUAUUUUUUAUUGUACUUUAACGAGAAAUUUAUCUCCCUUCGUUCGUUUUACAAGUUGUUUAGAAAAUACAAGCCGCCCAUUUUAGGGUUUAAUUAUUAUUAAUUUUAUCGUAAACGAUUGACUUUACGUGUACGUCUGGUUAUUAUGCCAAUUUUGAUAAUAAAGCCCCAGUGCCUUACCAUAAUAAUUA